CGGGGUCGCGGUCGGAUGGCAGGCAGCUGCUCGGGCUGACACGUAACUAAAGUUAAAGGUGCUCCGGAGGCCUGGUCCCGGGCUCAACUUUCUCUCUCUGCCUUCUCGGACGGACUGAAUGUACCUGGGGGAAAGCGGGUGGAGAGAGGAGCGGGGAGCAGGGAGCGCCGAGGCCGGGUUGGAGCGCACUCCGACGGGUCGGAGCUGACUUGGGAGGUUGGAGAAAAAUCUGAGCGGCUACUUUGAAGUUUCUGGAAGUGGAGCUGAAAAUGUAACGCAGGCUGCGCGGAGAACAGUCCUGAUUGUUUUCUACCGCUUUGCGUGGACAUGCUCGGGGAGUGAAAGAGAGAGAGAAAGAAGAAGAAAGCUGCUGCUGCUGCUGCUUCUUCUUCUUGUUCUUCGGGAAGUGGAAAGUUGAGUCGGAAGUUUCCAGCAGCAGAGACGGGGCUUUCUGGCUCAGACCGCGGGGAGGAGGGCGGCCGGUCCAACAUGGGAAACGGGGUGUGCUCCCGCAGGCAGCGCAGGAUCUUCCAGUGUCUGCUGCUGGUCACCGUGGUCUGCGGGAUGCUGUACGGAGGAAUGAUCUCCUACGAGAUGCACAAGCAGCUCCGGAGGACCGAGGCCAUGGCUCUCAAGUACCAGCAGCACCAGGAGUCCCUCUCGGCGCAGCUCCAAGUGGUAUACGAGCAUCGCUCCAGGUUGGAGAAGUCCCUUCAGAAGGAAAGGCUAGAGCACAAAAAGGCCAAAGAAGAUUACUUGGUUUAUAAACUCGAAGCACAACAGUCAAUAAACAAGGAGAAGCAAGAUUCUUCGAGCAGAUUUAACUCUUUACAAGUGCAGCAUCAGAUGUUGAAGAAUCAGCACGAGGACCUGAAGAGGCAGUAUUACGAGCUGCACGAUCAGCACCAGGCCCAGAGCAAGGACCACAACCGGCAGCUGGACGAACACAAGGAGCGCUUCGAGAAGCUGCAGCAAACCAAAGAGAUGGAAAUCUCCCAACUUAAAGAAAGUGCCUAUAAUCUCAGAGAGGAGAACAAACAGCUGAGGAAAGCCCACCAUGACAUCCAUACUCAGCUGCAGGACGCACAGAUCCAGCAUCAGGGCCUGAAAGCGUCCCACGACCUGCUCGCACUGACGCUGGAAGACCACAAGAGUGCGCUGGCUGCAGCUCAGGCUCAGGUGGAUGAAUACAAACAGUUUAAAGAAUCUCUGAAAAGGAUGCCCGAUGUGGCACAACCUGGACAGAGCCCCGGGAAUGUGCAGCUGUCACAAGCAGCCGCCCCCAGACCGGAGUCUCACGCCGUCGAUGUCCAGCACGGUCCUGGUCUGGACCGGAUCAACGAUGUCCAGCCCAACGGUGCAGAAGACGAGUCUCACCGAGACACCGAGUCGAGGCUGGAUAAUCAAGUCCAGGAAGUGAAGGUCCAGUCGGAGAUCAAGUCUCAUCCCGAAGAGUCCCAGCACAACCUGUCGGAGAAAGACGAGGAUGGAGAGGCGGAGAGGAGGAGGGAGCUGGCGGAGGAGGAGAUGGCCCAAGCAGGCCAGCCUCAGAAGCUGGAGGAGGACCCCGAGCAGCAGGAGGAAGGGGAGGAGGAGCCGGAGGAGGAACAGCCGGACGAGAACGCUCUGGACCGACAGAGACGCCAGCCACAGCUGGACCUCCACGCGGAGCUGCAUCCGCAGCUGCAGCACCAGGCGCCGCCUCCGCCGCCGCCGCCGCCGGACGGAGGGCGCGUGAAGUCGGCCUACGAGCAGCAGCAGGAGCAGCAGCGCCUGGAGGCCCAGAGGGCCGAGGAGCGGCGGCAGAUCCAGCUGCGGCAGGAGGCCCUGCAGGCCCAGAGGGAGAAGGUGCUGAAGGAGCGGGAGGAGAGGCUGAGGCAGGAGCAGGAGAGGGAGCAGCAGCAGCACCGGGAGGCCGACCGGCGGGAGCAGCUGCUCAGAGAGGAGCACCAGAGGAAGAGGUCAGAGUACGAGAACAUCGGCAAUGAAAUCGACCGCGGAGAAGAGGACCGUCGCACCGACGACGAAGAAGAGCGAGACGGUCAUAUGUUACACGAUGACGAGGAGAAAAUGAAUGUGGAUCACAGAGUGGCACCACAUCAGCAGGGCGGCGUGGAAGGCGAGCUGGACCCCGAGGACGACCCCAACAACCAAGGAGAGGACGAGUUUGAGGAGGCGGAGGACGAGCGGCCGCAGCACCGAGUCGGCGAAGAGGAAGAAGAAGCCGCAGAGGAGGAAGAGGAGCCGGCCGCACCGGCGCAGCACAGGGACGCACACCCGGGCCCGCAGCAGCCCGCCGUGGAGGAGGAGCUGGUGAUGGCCGGAAAUCCAGAUCAACAGGAAGACACGCUGGACGACCAGUAUCAAGAGGAAGCAGACGACGAGGCUCAGGAGGACAUCGCUGGAGGGCAGAAGAGAGGGGAGGAGGAGGGGGCGGAAGAAGAGGAAGAUGAUGAUACAUAUAAUGAAGAGAACCUGGAGCAGGGUGACGUAAAAAACCAGGCAGGACCGAGGAAGGAGGCAGCUCACCAAAACGACGCAAAAAAUAACGAGGAAGAAAAUUACGAGGAAGACGAGGAGGAGGAUGAGGAGGAGAUGCUCGCUGGGGGCAAGGGAGGCCGUCGAAGGGCAGAAAUGUAGGCUGGGCGCCGACGCAGACAUGUUCCAGUGCCUUUGCAGCUGCCUCCAGAACCUGCCGGGUCCUGAGGGGGAGGGAACACAGCCAUCCAGUCAGAGCUGUGAACUUUGGGACGUUGAACCUGAAAGACUGUGGGGGUCGGACCGGAUCGGCUUACACUGUGGAAACGGACACAUACUGUACCUUCUUUUAUUUUUUAUUUUUUUGCAUUUCCGUCAACUUUUACGUCUGCCUUUUGUUCUUCCUGGUUCUCCUUUUUUUUUUUUUUUUUUUUUCUUUUUAUCAAACAGAAUGUAUUUCUAUCCAGUUGCUGUCCUUUGAGUAUAUGUAAAGAAAGCAAAGAUAAAUUAUGUUACUCUAAUGUCUUCACUUUCAGGCCUUUAUAUGUAUGUUUUAUGCUGAUGACAUUUUUAGAGCUCAGAUGUUAAUUUACAUCUCGCAUUCCACUUGUUCAAGUCGGUUUCUGUUAUUUAUUGUUGCUGGAAACAACUAUGACAAUCGUUAAAGGUGCAUCUUUUUUCCUUUUUUUUUUUUUUUUGUCUGACUGACAAAAGUACUUUGCGUCAUAUGUGUUUACCAACUUUUUGCAGUUGAUAUAUGGCAGCACUUUUCACUGGGUAUUUUUGUAAAUGUCAAUCAAGAGGGCAUUUUUUGGGGAGAAAACUGUUCUUUACUCUUAAGUGUCACUCUCACACGUGCCUUUGCAUUCUUACGAAAACCUCCUGUAGGUUUUAGUUAUUUUACAUACAGAGCCUGAGCAUGGCCUUAAAUGUCAGCAUGCCUCAUGUCCGCUGCUGAUGUGACGUCAGUCCGCAAACCUUUUGGCGGCGUAUUAGGUCUACUGUACGAUGUAUAGUAAAAUAAAUGCUGACUAUUUGUA